UACUCUCUUCAUAACUUCAUAACCGGCUGGCUCUUCUCUGACGAAAAGAAGCCCAGCGAAGGCACGAAGACAGGCAAACAGCUGGCCCAAUCUUCUUGGGCUUUUGGUAUAAAAGUGCCGGCCCAUCUGCAAGUGGUCAUCAUUCAGCUUCAGCGUCUCACGACCAGAGCUUACCAAAGCCAAUCCAACGAACUUCAAGUGUCAGCCAACAAAUCAACAACAAUGAAACUCUUCGUCUUCGCUGUGUGCGCCAUUGCCGUGGUCUCCGCCGACGUGUCCCAUCUCAACCUGGGCGGUGGCAAUGGCUACAGCUACAACAAGCCCACGCCGACCUUCAACUUCCACUCGGCUCCUGCUCCGGCUGCGGCUCCGGCUCCUGCUUACCUGCCCCCCGCCCAGGAGGUGAUCUCUGCGCCUGCCCCAGCUCCAGUCUACUCUGCUCCUGCUCCUGCUCCCGCUCCAGUCUACUCUGCUCCUGCCCCGGCACCCGCUCCAGUCUACUCCGCUCCUGCCCCGGCUCCGGUCUACUCUGCCCCUGUGUCUGAGUACCUGCCCCCCGUUCAGGACAUCCCUGCUCCAGCUCCAGCUCCCGUCUACUCGGCUCCUGCCCCAGCUCCAGUUUACUCUGCUCCUGCUCCUGCUCCAGUUUACUCUGCUCCUGCCCCAGCUCCCGCUCCAGUCUACUCUGCUCCUGCUCCAGCUCCAGUCUACUCUGCUCCAGAGCCCGAGUACCUGCCUCCUGUCCAGGACAUCCCAGCUCCAGCUCCAGCUCCAGUCUACUCGGCUCCUGCUCCAGCUCCAGUCUACUCUGCUCCUGCUCCAGCUCCAGUUUACUCUGCUCCUGCUCCAGCUCCAGUUCAGGACUACCUGCCGCCCGUCCAGGACAUCCCAGCUCCAGCCCCUGUGUACUCUGCUCCUGCUCCAGCUCCGGUUUACUCUGCUCCUGCCCCCGCUCCGGUGUACUCCGCUCCUGCCCCCGCUCCUGAGUACCUGCCCCCAGUGCAGGACAUCCCGGCACCGGCCCCGGCCCCAGUCUACUCCGCCCCAGCUCCCGCUCCGGUUUACUCCGCCCCUGCUCCAGCCCCCGCACCAGUCUACUCCGCCCCUGCUCCAGCUCCCGUGGAGUCGGGCUACCACUACAACGUGCCCGCCAAGCGUUUCCGCUUCUAAGGGGCAGCAGGUGGACUCAGAUGGAGCCACAGCCACAGGCACAGCCAUUCAAGCGGUGACAGCUUGUUAAAUUAACAAGCGCCGUCGCCCAUUGUUGUUGAAUAUUUGUUGUUACGCAAAGUUCCCGUUGAGAUUUUAGCUAAUAAAUAAACAUAAAAAUAUUAAAAUGUAAA